UGCCUUACAUCUUAUAAAUACAAGAUGGAUACAGCAUAUCUACAAAAGAACCUAGGUUCCUGUCUAACACAAUGUCUAGCAGAAAUAUCAGAGAAGCGUCCCAGAGAUCCAAUAGAAUUCAUGGCACAAUGGCUUUACAAAUAUAAGGAAAAUGUCAUGUAUAUGGAAAAGAAAGAAGAAGACAAAAAUCAGUUGAUUAGAGAAAAAGAAGAGUUUGAGAAGGAACAAGAAAUGCUGGAGAAAAGAAAAGAAGAGGCUGAUCAGAUAAAGAAAGAGGAUGACGAGAAGCGCAAGGCUGAGGAGGAAAGAGCAGCCAAAGAGAGUUCAUCCCCCACAAAACUUCCCCCUGUGAUAGAGGCUCAGGAACCUCCAGAGGAGGAGGCUAAGAAAGCAGCCACUGAGGCCCCGGCAGAGGAGGCCCCCACACAGGAAGAAGAGAAACCAUCAGAUUCCUCAGAGGAAAAGAAAGAUGAAGACUCCAAAGAAGAGACAAGUGACCCUGCUCCUACAGAAGAGGAGACGUAGUCAUUGUCCAAUCAUUAGGCUUCUUACAAAUGUUCACGGUGCUGUUCCUCCAUCGCAAACAGCAAUCUAUCUGAUGUCAAAGAAAACAAUCUGAACUUGCCUGUGAUGCAUUGUGAUGUCAUGAGUGACUGUCUGUAUGUUAAUGAGAGUGUGCAUAGAGUGAAAGUGACCAACCAUUUUAUCAUCUAAAAAAAAAAAUGAAAAUAAAUACUUAAAAUUAAAUGGAGCAAUAUUUUUGCUCUUUG